GAGCAUUGAAAAUCCAUGGAGGACUAAAACGGCUGGAAAAGCAAAAAUCUUCAAAGAUGACGGAUACAAAUAACAGGUUCUCCUAUUAUCACCCAAAAGUACCAGCCUCGUGGCGAUUUGUGUCCGACUCUUUCCAACUGUUUGACGUCUUACAAAUUUCAAGUUUAACGUCAUCAAUCGCCCAUCCUAUGCGCACCGAAAAGAUCAGCGUGCUGCCACAGGUGGCAUCUUUUGCAUGGCGUGCAGUCGUAAGGCUCCCGUCUGAAUGGAUUCGUGCUGCUGUCGUGCCUGUCGAAUCCGUGGGCAGACAGCGAGGUCCGCCCACAUUGACAAACGCUAGCUGCCUCCUGCAUCGACCAGCAUCGUACAAGCCUCCCUAGCGUUCAGUAUGCAGAUCCAGGCCUCCGUCGCGGCGCUCUCCUUGGCGCUGGUGGCGUUCACUGCCGAGGCCUCCGUGCCUGUGACCGUCUACAACCAGUGUAGUGAGAACGUCGAUCUGUAUGACAACUCGGCUGUCGAGACCAUCGCACCCGGCGGCACCACUAGCCGCACGCUGGCUGAGGGUUUCAGCGGAAUGUUCCGCAACGGCGUCAGCUCCCAGGCCACUCGUACGUCGCGGUACUUUUAGUUUCGGUUUGUUAGUAUCUAACGUUUGUGCUGUAAUGCAGUGGCCGAGUUCGCCGUGACUGGCGGCUUCUUGUGGUAUGAUAUCAGUAUCAUCCCCACGGGCACCGUUGGUCCUGGCUACUGUGGGUCAUUGGAGGAGUGCAAGGCCGUCACGGGUGGCACGGGAUACAACACUCCUAUGCAGAUCGCCCCGUCAGGAUGCCAAACUGUCACUUGUCUUCAGGACGGAUGUGCGGACGCGUACCAAUAUCCCAAGGAUGACACCAAGACCCAUGCGUGCUCCGACACGACCUCCGUCGUGCUGACUUUCUGCCCUGGUGGCAGCGGAGGCUCGACACCCUCGACCUACGACUCCACGCAGCAGCAGCAACAACAGCAGCAACAGCAGGAGAUGACGCCAGCCCCCACCACUGCGGCUCCGACGACUGCACCACCCACCCAACCCCCUACCCAGGCUCCUACGACCCAACCUCCUACUGAGGCCCCCACCACUCAGCCUCCUACGCAACCCCCUACCGAGGCUCCUACUACCCAGCCACCAACUGAGGCCCCUACGCAGCCCCCUACCGAGGCCCCUACGCAGCCCCCUACCGAGGCCCCUACGCAGCCCCCUACCGAGGCCCCCACUCAGGCCCCGACAGAAGCUCCGACGCCGACGCCUACAGAGACACCGACCGCUACCACUGUUACACCGGAGCCCACAACAGAGACUCCUAGCACCCCGGAAGUGCAAUACGCGUCGUCGAACUCCACGUCCAACGAUGAGGAGCAGGAGGCUGCAACGGUGGCGCCUUCGAAGGUGACCAAGACGGGUACGACCACUGCUGCCACUCCGGCCCCGGUGGCUCAGGUUAUCUCGGCGCCGUCAACGUCGACGUCUUCGAAGUCCAGCAACGAUAACACUGAGACCGCGAACACGCAGGCUAGCGCUGACAACGGCACUGACUCAGGCACUUACAUUGCUACGGGUCUGGGUGGCUGUGCUGUGAUUGCUGCUGUCGCUGUGGUGGCUGUUGCUCGUAAGAAAAAGAAAGAACUGGACGCCACGGAAGGCAAAGACUAUAGUCAGGAGGAACUCAUGACCCCCGUGACUCAGAUCAACGUGCUGUAAGUCGUGCCGUUUCACUCGACUGAGGUCUUGUACACCCCAGCCGUACUACCGUAGUGAGUUUAUACCUCAGCAUUCCUCUCGGGUGCUCGCUCGGCUAAGCAGUUUUGACAAAGGUAUCAAGUGUUGAUAUGAGCGACGUCGAGUCAGAAUUCGCUCACUGUGGAAUCGUGUACAUGUAUUUGAAUCUGAACCAGAUCCGCUUAUUUGAACGUCGUUUGAUCUUGUUUUUUAUGUGGAAAGUGUUGAUAGCAGAAUUUUAUCUUGCGGUAGUGUACUACAUGUACAGUAGAGUGAGGAG